CGUGUCCCAUGGUCGCGUCGUGCACCGGCUCUGUUUUUUUCCUUUCCCUUGACUGUGGGAGGGACUUCUGGAGAGGCGUUGCUGCACGUCGACCACUCUUGGAUCAUAUACUUGCUUUUACAGUCACGCAUUUCAUACACAGUGCUCAUCAUCUCACCUAGACGCACCUGUAACAAUCGGCGGAUUUUCGGAAUAAAUCGCACAACAUGGCCAAAUACAUCCAUGUCCCCGACGAGGCGCCCGCUGUGCCCAAAAUAGACGUGACAGUGGACGAAAACGACUACCGACCCGAUGCGCUGAAGCUCAUCAAGGAGCUCCGACCAAACUGGAAGCCCUCUGAGGUCAAAAUGAAGUUCUUCACAGAUGGAAUAACCAACAAACUGCUGGGAUGCUAUGUGGGCCCUGUGAUGAAGGACGUGGUUCUGGUUCGUAUUUAUGGAAACAAAACUGAGCUGCUGGUGGACAGAGACAAUGAAGUGAAGAGUUUCCGAGUGCUGCAGGCCCAUCGCUGUGCUCCUGCCCUGUACUGCACCUUCAAUAACGGACUGUGCUAUGAAUUUCUUCAAGGAACGGCCCUGGAGCCAGAACACAUUCGCAGCCAGCCUGUUUUCCGACUCAUUGCCAGGCAGCUUGCCAAAUACCAUGCCAUCCAUGCGCACAAUGGCUGGGUACCUCAGUCUGACCUGUGGCUGAAAAUGGGAAAGUACUUUGCCCUUAUCCCCAAAUAUUUCAGUGAUCCAGAGCGUCACACAAGACUUACUACAGAGGUGCCCAGUCCGUGCUGCCUCAGAGAAGAGCUGCUUUGGCUGCAGCAGCACCUGUGCCAGCUGGGCUCCCCUGUCGUCCUCUGCCACAAUGACCUGCUUUGCAAGAACAUCAUCUACAACAAGGAAGCUGGAAACGUAAAGUUUAUAGACUACGAGUAUGCUGGGUACAAUUACCAAGCCUACGACAUUGGGAACCACUUCAAUGAGUUUGCAGGUAUCGAUGAGGUGGACUACAGCCAGUACCCUGAUCGGGGCUUCCAGCUGAUGUGGCUGCGCUCCUAUCUAGAGGCCUACAAAGAGCACAAAGGCCAGACCACUGAUGUGACAGACAAAGAGGUGGAGACACUUUACAUCCAAGUCAACAAGUUUGCUUUGGCUUCUCAUUUCUUCUGGGGGCUUUGGGCACUGAUUCAAGCCAAGUUUUCAACCAUUGAUUUUGACUUCUUGGGAUAUGCAGUUGUACGGUUCAGCCAAUACUUCAAGAUGAAACCUGAAGUGACUGUGUUGACCUUACCAGAAUAAGGAUCCAGCCUUCUUCAAUUUCUUCUCCUCUUCCCCUGCUCCCGCCCUGCACUGGCCUCAUACGGAGACUGAAGAGCGCUCUCUAGAGGUCUUUGUAGGAAUGAGCACGACUGGGAGUCCGACCUUUCCAGGUCAAACUCUCCAACAUGUUCUCUUCAGUGAGCAAGUGGAUCACAACCAUCUUAUCCAUUAUUCUCAGUCACACCAUGUUGAAGUAAGGAGGUGCCCAAAUUAUGAUAACUGAAUAUAAAUUAUGUUUAUUUAUUAUAUGUGGGCAAGAGUGGAAAUCCUACUACAAUAAUGUGAAUCUCUCUAUUUAUUUAUACUUCUCAUUUGUUUUAAUAAUAUCAACUUUGUAAUCACAAAUUUAGUCACUGGGAAUUUUGAAACUGUUUAAUCUUUUAAUCAACUUAUUAACUUCAGCCUGUAUGAUAAAUGUAGCAUAUUUACAUACAUACAGCUACAUUUGGAUUUGCUCUUUUAAAGCAAAGAAGUUGAAUAUAGAGACAGUAACUUCAUUUUUUGCUACUAUACCACAUACUUGGUCAGAUUUAAAAAGUGAAAUUUCAUGUUGAGAAAGAAAUAUCAAAAUUCCUUUGGACCUUAAAUGCAGACAGAACGUUUUGUUUGUUGUGGUACGUAAUGGGAAAACAAUGCAACACUAUAAUUAUCUAGUGUUGUCUUAAAUGAACACGUCACUCACCCUGUGACUUCUUUUUUUUUUUUUUUUUAACCACAUGUACUCAUAAUAGUUACAUAAUGUAACCAUUCUGUUCUCAUUGCUGUGCACUUCCAAGAUGGCUUAUUUAACGAGUUGGCAACAACUUGCAGUGCUUAGGAAGACAGGAAUUGGUUUACAAAGUUAAACAGAACUAUAUAAUCUUACUGUAAUUUCAACAUUCCCAUACAGGGGUAUGUUCAUAAUUCAAGUUGGUUAUUGAUGCCAACAGCUAUAGCCAUGUCACUGUAUAUCAAUGUGAUCCGUCAUUCGUCCAGGAGUGGUCCAAGGUAGAAAGUUUCCAAGGUAGUCAUCGAGACAAUGAUUUCAAGACAUUUUGGCUGGCUGCCAUCCAGACGACUUCUUUUGAACCUUUUCUACCAUGCCCCUCCAUAUAAAUACACAUGCACUGUUAAGAAAGAUAUGUUAUCAACACUGCAAUGUAUUUUUUUUUAUGGGGGAGAACCUUAUUGUAUAGCCUCUGUUUAGUUUUUUUUAAGUUGUUUAUUUUUUUGUACUGUAGAUGGGUCUUCUCUUACUGACAGAUUACUAGUAUUGCAUCACUGUUGGCAUUUAUAAUUUGAAGUGCCUCAUUGAAGUUUGCACAAAAGAGCAGAGCUAGUUAAUUACAUUUUUGUUGCUUGAUUUGCAUUUAAAGACACACUACCAGCUUACGAUAGGGACCUGUGAAGCAAAACUGUAAUUAUUAAAUACAAUGGAGUUUAUAAGAUAGUGUACUUUAUACCAUUAAUAAUGUUUAAAUGUGCCUUGAGCAGGUUUUGGCCACUGUAGAGCUCACACCAAAGUGCAAAGUCUGCAAAUUACUGUACAUGAAGCACACUGUAGUAACAAGGGCCAUAACAACAUAGUAUAAUUGUAUAUGUAAAGUUUUCAUGAGGGUUCUGGCUUAACACAGUUACAUGUGUGUACAUGCAAGAAUUCAGAUUCAAAUUCAUUCCUCAUCUGUGGAACAACAUCGGGGUCCAAACCUUGGUUGAUAAAUUACUUUCAUGCUCCCAAACUGGUCUGUUUGGCAGCCUGCAAAGUUACAUGAAGAUGUUACAUAAUUUAAGGUUAAGGUAUGUUGCUUAUGCAAUACAAAUGUGAAGUUCGCAGAUAGACUUGGUAAUGUUUAUGGAUGAUUCAGAAAUUGUUAAUAAAUGUUUAAGCAUCUUCCAUAAAUGGAUAAGUGUAUGUGAAUAGGCAGGCAGUGCUAGCAAUGAGCAAAAAUGUCCCUGAUUCUGGGAACAUGUUUUGGGCAGCACUUACUGGACAUGCUAACUAAUGUGUUUUAAAUAUAUUUAAACUAAAACCAAACAUAUUCCAGCUAAGUUCUGGUUUUCUCUGAAAGAAUCCACACGCGCAGCGCAAAUCAUCUCGCCUUCUAACACUUGUGAUUUUCUGUCUAACAAUGCAAAUGUCCACUGUAGCAUAUGUCAAUAUGUACAGUAAUCUUGUCAAAUAAUCAAUGAUUGUACAUAGAGGGAGGAACUUUAUUUUCUUUUAUAAAAGUUGCAUUUAACAAUAAUUAUUCACUAUUUCAAUACUUUGAAAAUGCUUUUCAAAUAAAAUGUAUUUACCAUUAACUCAA